UCGGGUCAUUCCAACUCACGCCAGUAUUCGACAAUUCUCGGGAGGCGAGACCGAUUUUUCGGCGCGACAGUUUUUAGAUUUGUGUGAAUCUGCCAUCGUAAAUUCCUCCAUUACGGAAGAUCAUGAUAAAAUCGCUUUCAUUCGGUCACGGUUACUUCCAGGCUCUCGGGCAUUGAAUUUGAUGCAGUCCUCAGCGUUCGCUUCGGGGGACAUUGGUGUAAACUAUGAGGUUUUUAAAGGGAAUUUCAUUAAAAUCUUCGGGGGCGGGAGUAAACCAAGCAUCGUUAGACAGAUGGCACACACGGUUGAGUCCCUCCAAAAAAAUUCCUCAACAAAGCCGAUUUGGGACGCCAUGAUUGAGGCCAAUCAGCUGGCGGUUGACUGUGUCAAGAGCUUGGAAGACGCGCUCUGGCUUCCAGGGGGCUGUAUGCAAAAGCACCAGGUGAAGACAGCUUUCGAGUUGUUUUUUUACUUAUUUCAUAUUUCAGAGAAGAACCGCCGUUCUGCCCUUCCUUUGGCCUUCAAACCGAGCGGGAAGUUGGUUGACUUCGUCUCAGAGUUAGAGGUCAAGGUUCAGGAACACCCUCACCAUCAACCCCUCGCCACAGCAGCAGCAUUGCAAGCACAAAAUCAUGAUGUUGCGUUUUCUGACCAUCUUGUUGUCCCUUGGCUCCCUGCUUGCAACAACACCCAUCCACCUGAAGCCUGGUGCCCUCACGGCACACAUAGGAGAGGUCUUCCUCAUAGAAGAUGUGCUCCUCGUAAAAUAUCCAUAUACUUCCUUGACCAACAGCACGGACAUAAUCAGGAUAGUCUCAGAAAAACUACUCGGCAUGGCAGACGCCAUCCGGGCUACCAAGACUAGGGAAUCAAAGGCUCCUUCUAGUACCAACUCUCUGACUCUUUUUCAACUACUGGAGGAUAGGAUUCUGUUCUUACGGGGAAAAGUUGAUGAGGUAAACAUGGAUUAUAGUUUUCACUCCGUUCACUCUCGGGUAAAGAGGGGGUUGCUCAACAUCGUGGGGUCCGCCUCAAAGUUCCUUUUCGGUACGGCUACCGACGAGGACGUUCGCGAUUUGCGGGACCACUACGCUCAUGUACUUUCCUUUGCUGCUAGAAAUCGCAGGGUGAUCAACGCCAAUUGUAGAAAACUUGCGCAAUUGCAUACUAACAUUGACGAACUGCUAGAGCAGACAAAUAAGAUGGUAGAGGUUAUCAACAUAGUUGUCAAACAGAUCUAGCAGGUGAAUCAGUUU